AUGAGGCAAAAGGGCAACAAGCCAGCUGGUGCUGGAGAGCAGACAGAAAGAGAGAUUCUGUUGGACAUGAGUCCCAACAACAUGAGCGGCCAAAUUGACAGCGGGCAGGGCGGGGUGUGUGCAAGACGUCAAGACGACUUCCCUCACGGGGAAAGUGGUAACUUUGCAUCUGCGGGGAAGUUCCAAGAGGCGGCACCGUCAUAUGGUAGUCGUGGCAAUCGGCAAGGUAGUCGGGAUCGGCAACAGCGACAUGUUCCGAGCGACAGGGAUACACGAGAAAGGAGGGGGGGCAGGGGUAACAACGGCGGAGGCCGGGAGGGGGUGGGGGGCGAGAACGCUCCCUUUUCCCGGAAGCAGCCGUCUGGGUUCAGCUCCAGCGGGCUGCCGCAAGACCGCGACAGGGAGAAAAAUCAGGGGCAGGAUGGAGAAGUUGUCGUUGUCGCUGCUGCCCAGGAGAAGGGAGUGGCCGCCGCAGGUAACAGGGACAGGACCGUGGCCGCCCAACGAGAGACCCGUGUGGGUCCGGGAAGAACAAGGGAUGGACGCUCCCGCGGCGAUGGACCACCGAGAAUCAGAGGAGGGGGGGCUGCCGGCAGAGACGUUGGCGCCAGCCGCGAUGGGCGGGCAAAGGCGGAGAGAGGUCGAGGAGAGAGAGACGACAGCCGUGAUGGCGGCGGCGGUGGCGCCACGGCCUUGUCGGUGGGGUGCGGCGCCGGGGGGCGUAGGCCUACUUCUCAGGAACCUCACCGCCGUCCCAUGAGCAGCAACGCAAGCGGCAGCCGCGGUGGCGACAGUGGUACAAGCGCAGAGGAGCGCCAUUCACGGAGGGAUGAUAGGCGGGACCAGGAGAGGUGUGGCGGCGGCGACCGCAACAUGCGCCGUCAGAGUUCCGGCCGCUCCGACCGUUCCGCGGAUCGCUCUGCGCGGGACCGUUCUUCGGCACCCCAGGGCCGGUUCGCAGAACGGUCGUCGUCCUCCAGAACAGGCCGGUUUGCGGACCUCUCGGGGGAUCUUUCCUCCACCUCCGCUGCGCGCAGCCAAGGAGAUGCUUCGCGGGAGCAGUAUUCCACUGCUGCUGCCCUCGACCGCGCAAAGAGAGACGACCGUUGGAAGGUCUUCGACCGCCACUGCCGGGACUCCCACCCCUCCACAAACACAGCACAUGAAAGGUCAGGGCCUGCGCGCAGCGAUCGCGGGCGGUCUGCGGAUCGGCACCCUCCUGUGGUCGUUAGGCUCUCCCGGGAUGGAUCAUCGUUGUCUGUCCCCGACGUGAAGCACGGCCGGAGCAGGGAUGGUGGUCAAAGUGAUGGCGAGAGAGGUCGGACAGGAGGCAGAGAGCGACCAAGGAGUCGAGGAGAGGGCGCGAGGACGAGCGAACGGGGGCCUGCGGGUGGUGGGGGCAGGGGUGGCAAUGGUGCAGUCAGCGGCAGCAAGCGCCUGCGUACGGGCGGCGACCGUGCCGGCGACACGAAGAGACCGAGAUCAACAUCAAGAUCAAGAUCGGCGUUUGUUUCUCCCGGUUGUGACGGGAGGAAGUCGUCGUUCUUCCGGAGCGAGGACGACCGCGGGAGGUCGUCUGGUGAUGGGAGAUCUUCUCGCGAUGGCAUGUCAUCUCGUGAUGAGAGACCAUCCCGUAAUGGGAGAUCGUCUCGCGACGGGAUGUCAUCUCGUGAUGGGAUAUCAUCUCGUGAUCCCAGACUGCCUCGUGAUGGGAGAUCUUCUCGCCACGGGAUGUCAUCUCGUGAUGGGAUGUCAUCUCGUGAUCCCAGACCGCCUCGCGAUGGGAGAUCUUCUCGCGAUGGGAUGCUAUCUCGUGACGGGAGACCAUCUCGUGAUGGGACAUCUUCUCGCGAUGGGAUGUCAUCUCACGAUGGGACAUCAUCUCGUGAUCCCAGAUUGCCUCUUGAUGGGAGGUCUUCUGGUGAUGGGAAGCCAUCUCGUGAUGAGAGAUCCUCUCGCGAUGAGAGAUCUUCUCGCGAUGGGAGAUCAUCUCGCGAUGGGAUGCCAUCUCGCGACGGGAGAUCAUGUCGUGAUGGGAGAUCAUUCCGUGAUCCGACGGGCGACCCAUCGCCUCGAGAUCGAAACCCGGAAUCUUCUCGCCCUGUCCCAACCUCGCAAGACUUGAAGGCCGCCUACUCAUGGGGUAAAGCUUCGGGUAAUUCUUCUGGAAGGGGUGGUAGACAAGGGCCCCCUUCUCGCAGCAAGGACAACGGACAAGGGCACCAGGCAUCACCCCGCGCAAGAAGAACAAAUGCCGCCGUUCGGGACGACGGGAGGGAAGCGAUGACGUCGUCAUCGAUGACGAUGACGUCACCAUCGAUGACGAUGGUGUCACCAUCGAUGAGGAUGACGCCGCGAUCGUUAACGAUGACGUCACCAUCCAUGACGAUGGCGUCAUCAUCACUGUCCCCGAGGGAAGAGAACCGCUCUUUCUCCUCCGACGCCGGCAAGGGAGCCGGUACGAAUCCAGGAGACACCAGCAACACCGUCUUGUCGCGGGGCGGCGGAAGGGGCCCCGGUGCGCAGAAUCGCGGGGGGUGGCAAGCGGCGGCGGAACCCCCUCCGCCGCGGCGCCGGCAGCAGCAGCGACGAGAGAAGGACGAGCAGCUGCACGCCCCGCAACCUCAGCAAACGGAGGAGGCGACGGAGGAGGAGGUGAAGGAGCUUCCUAGGCACUUACUCGGGAAGAAGCCCGACUUCGAAGCGGAAGGCGGGGGCCAGGGCGAAGCCCUGAAGUUCGCCAGCGACCGUGAGGAAGACCCCCAUCGAAUAGCUCAGCGCCAGAAGCAGAUAGAUUUCGGCAAGAACACUUCGGGGUACGACCGCUACCUGGCCGCGGUCCCACGUAACAAACGGAGUAGAGGAGACCCCAAGACUCCCAACAAGGAGAAGAAGAUGAGCAAGCGCCGCUGGGAUGGUCAGAUUCGAAGCUGGAGGAGGCAGCUGCACGAGUACGACGUGGAGGUAGCAGGGGCCGCCUCAGGGGAAGAUGGUUCACACGAUCAGGCCGUCACCGACAGCGAGGGCGAUGGGGAGACAGCCAGGGAGCAAGGCUUCUCAGCCGUGGCCGAGGAGAAAAGGCACACCAUCACCAUCAACGCCGGGAUCUACGGAGACUCGGACGGCGAAGAUGAUGGCUUCGGGUCCUCUCCCGGCCUCAAUACUGCGGGCCCUGUGGAUGGAGCAGCAGGAGGGCGUAUGGCGGCGGGGGCGGCGGCGUUUUCGAAGGGACGGGGCGGGAAGAGGAGGAGGGGGGAUGCGAGGGGCGAGUCUAGCACUGAUGACGUCACCGGCUCGGCGUCAGCGUCGUCUCCUUGGUGCACGAAUACAUCGGGGGACUGGUGGUCUGAUGGGGAUUCCGCAAGCACUGAGCGGCGGCGAAGAAAGAAGAGGCGUGGAUGGGCCGAUGGCCGAUUUGUCAACCUAGGCGGUGGAGAGAAGCUAGGGCGUGGGGAGCUGUUGGCUGCGGAAGAAGAAGAGGAGGAGGAGGAGGAGUUGAGAGAAGAACUAGAUGGGGCCCGAGGGAUGGGAGGGGCCGACGAGAGCGGGAGGGAGUUGGGUGAUGAGAUAGAGGGUAUGGGGGGCGGCACCGCGGGUGCGCAUGGGGUUGUAGGGGAGGGGGGGGGCGAAAGUGGGCUGGGGGGACCCGGAAUCGAAAAGGCAGUGGAAGGGGGGGUGAGGAGGAUGGGGGGUGGGGUUGUUGAAGAGGUUGUAAUGAAAGAGGUAGAGGGGAUAGGAGCGGAGGGGGCGGUCAAGUCGGAGGUGGGGGGAUUGGAGCGGGCCGAGGAGUUCAGCGACGAUGAUCUGUUGUGA